AUGUCGCAACAAAUACAAGAUGCGGAGGAAGCGUUGGCGGCCAGGAAGCGGCAACUAUGGAAUCAUUUCAUUGCCGGAGGUGUGGCUGGUGCAGUAUCACGCACGUGCACCGCGCCGCUGGAUCGGCUCAAGAUGAUCUUCCAAUCACAGGCCGGCGACACUCGCAUGGGUGUCAUCAACGGCUUCAAAUACAUGCGCGACGAGGGCGGCAUGCGAUCGAUGUGGAGAGGGAACUUUGUGAACGUGCUCAAGAUCACACCGGAAUCAGCCAUCAAGUUCUGGGCGUGGGACGCUGCCAAGAGUGUGCUGUACUCGUGCGAGGAAACACAAGAGGUGCCGGCGCUGGAGCGGUUUGCUGCCGGUGCUGUUGCCGGCGUCACUGCACAGCUCAGCAUCUUUCCGCUCGAAGUCAUCAAGACCCGCCUGGCAACGUCCAAGACGGGCCACUACCGCGGCAUGUUUGACUGUGUCGCCCAGAUGGCGCAUCGUGAGGGCUUUCGUGCUUUUUACCGCGGGAUGCUGCCUGCCCUCAUCGGCGUCAUCCCAUAUGCGGGCAUCGAUCUCGCUGUCUACGAAUUCCUCAAAACAAACUACGCCAUGUCACAGCCCAACAGAGAAACAAACGUGUUUGUCUUCCUCGGCUGCGGUGCGAUAUCAAGCAUGUGCGGUCAGCUCGCCAGCUAUCCCCUCGCUCUCAUUCGCACCCGUGUUUAA